AUGGACUUCUGCCGGCCUUUGACGCGGGCGGAGAGCGAGGUCUUCGACAUUUGCUUCCCGCCGGAAUCGUCAUUGGAUUUGAGCAAGACUAGCGUGGCAGUGACCGCAGACCUGGGGGACGUGGACAGGGCCGUGGCCGUGUUCCGUGAGCACGGCUUCGUGGUGCUGCGGAACGCGCUCACGGCGGCGCAGGUGGCGGAGGUGCAGAAGGCGUGCAGCGGGUUGCAUGAGGAGAUCAAGAAGCAGGACCCCGAGGCCAGAGGCAACCGGGACCCGGGCAGGUACUCCUUGGGGUCAGUCACGCCUUCUGGCCAGUGCUGGCAUUUGAGGGGAUUUCUACAUCUCCUGGAGCAGCAGUUUGUGCACGCAGUCGCGGACGCGAUCUUCAAAGGGCCCGAAGUGGGCUCCCGAUAUGUGGUGAGCGGCGCAGGAGGCGACUACUGCACAGGCAGCACUGCGCAUUUCCAGAAGCUGCACAGCGACAUGCGGCCUGCCCAGCCACUGAAGGGCCAGGGGAAAGGCUACUUCCAGGAUGCCCCCAUCCAUAGCAAGGAGCAUCCGCCCUGCGUCGCAGUGAAUUACAUCAUUCAGGAGCUCACGCCCUGGAAUGGGGCGAUGCGGAUCGUGCCCUGGCGAUCCAUGCAGCAGUACUGCCAGGCGCGAAACCGGGUGGAACUUCCCGCGCCGGGCUUGGAGGAGGAGUACCGCCAUUGCAGAGACUGGCUGCAAUCCAAGAUCUUCCCUUUGCAAGCUGGCGAUUGCCUCAUCCGGGAUAUCCGGGUGUGGCAUGGCGGGUGCCCCAACUUGUCCGGCGAAGUCCGGUUUUUGCCCAGCAUGGAGCUCUGCUCCGGGGCUUACCACCGGCACCUGCAGGCCACUCACAAGACCAGCAAGCGCCUGGGGCGGUCGCUGCCUCGGGCUCUGCACCGGCAGCUCAGCUCCAACGUCCAGGCUCUCACGGCGCAUUUAGCAACCACUGGCAACCAGGAGGCUGAUGCGCACAUCGACGAUGUGCGAUGGCUCAGGAAAGACCUGGCGCAGGAGGGCCGCAACGACAACUACCUGAGCCUGCACAAUGUGAUCUCGGAGGAUGUGGAGGGCAUGGUGAAGCAUUUGCAGCGGUUGCAUCGCAUGAACGCUUGCAAUGCCUUGCUGGAAGAGCUCGGGGCCCGCAGCCCCCACCUGCACGCGAUGUUCCUGGAGUGGCGUCAGGAGCUGAGCGUGAAGGCUCUGAAGGCGCGCCUGGCGCAGCACGGCUUAGACGCCGGGACCUGCGUGGAGAAAGCGGAGCUGCAGGCGAUGUGGGAGCGCUUUGAGACCUGGCGGCGGAGACCAUUGUCUGAACUGCAGGACCAUUGUCAGAUUGAAGGCGGCUCGCGCUUUGAGACUGCCGAAGAGUGCGCCAGAUACUUGACAACGCCUCGGCAGCCUGCAGUGCGUGCGGCACGUGUGGCACCGCCCUCCGCACCGGCACCAGCAGUUCCUUCGGCGCCCGCGACGUGUUCGACGACCUCGCCCGGUGGGCCAGCGGCAGCAGUCGACCGGGAGCAGGAUGCGAAGAGCGAAGCUGGCCGUAUUCUGCCUCUGCGCCGGGAAUCCUUUAUGAACCCCACUUCCUGGGGUUUUGCUGUCCUCGGGGUGCCUACAGCCACGAAGGAGGUUUCCACAGUGCAGCGCGCAUACAGGUCCUUGAUGAGGAAGCUUCACCCGGACCGGGCGGGGCAGUCCGAAGACGUGGUCAAGGCCGUGGAGAAGGUCCGGGAGGCGAAGGAGGCCUGCGAGCGCGGCUUAUCGCGGCAGGAGCCGCCCGAGCCGCCGCGGCAGCUGCGCUCCGAAGCCUUGUGCAGCACGCCGGGGCGGCGAAGGUUUCAGCUCUGCUGGACGGCGCCGCCGGUACGCGAGUCUGCGUCCGUGCGCAGGUACAUUGUUGCAGCCCACGAUCCUGCGUACGGCAGGGCUUUAACCAUCACCGUCCUUGAGCCAGACUAUAGCCAGGAGCUGCGCAGCUUCGUGGCCAUCGAGAGCCUCACUUCCUACGUCAUCGCGGAAGAGGACCUGCAGAAGAUGCCAAAGCUGUGGACUGAGAAGAUGCUUCAGGUGCAGGUGGCUGCAGCCAACGAAGCUGGGCAGUCCAAGUGGACAAGCCUCAAGAUCCCGCUGACGGGCCCUGCCGCGGGCAUCGCCUCGGCGCCCUUGAGCCGUGAGGGCGCGCCGCGGAUGUCGCCGCCGUGUGGCGCGACCUGGGGUGCAGGCGGGGGCGCAGGUGGCAACGGCGCCUUCACCAGUGCCGCCACCAUGCGGAGGACGGCGAUCGGCGAUUCCAUGGUGCCAUGUGUUAUUGAGGCCUUUGCAGUCCCCGUGGUGAAGCUUAACAAUGGCGUGGAGAUGCCCGUCGUGGCCUUCGCAGCUGAGGUCUGGGAUGCCAAGACCUGCGAGGCUGCUACGAGCUCCGCCUUGACCGCCGGAUUUCGCUUCAUUUGGUCGUCCACCCUCGUGGGAGACGCCUGCCAAGCGGCGCAGCUGCGCGCGAUCCAGCGCAGCAACCUGAGCCGAGAAGAGCUCUUCGUGGCGGGUACGGUGAACGAUCCCAAGUGCAAAGGGCUGCAAAGCUGCUACCAGCAGACAAAGGAAGGUGCAGAGAAACAGUUUACACUUCUUGGGCAGAAGGUUUUGGAUAUGCUAAUGCUAGACUACCCGGCUGCCAACUGCAGCAGCAUUCAAGGCCAGUGGCGAGCGUUCGAGGAGCUCUAUACGGCAAAGCGAGUCCGCAGCAUCGCAGUAAGCAACUUCAAUCUGGAGCAACUGCAUUGCCUUGCGAACGCCAGCGUGGUGCCGACAGUGAAUCAGAUGCGCUUUGCGGUGGGUCAUGGUCAUGAUCCCGUGGUCUCGCAAGACAAAGCGCUCGGAAUCCAAGUGCAGGCAUACUCUCCUUUGGCCAAGGGCAAGCUGGCUCAGGACGCCUUGUGCGCUCGAAUCGGAAGCGUUCAUGGGAAGUCUGCCGUGCAGGUUGCUUUGAAGUGGAUUCUACAGCAUGGAGUGGCAGUCGCCACUCAGUCAACUAGUGCAGACCACCUUCGCAGUGACCUGGAGCUGUUCGACUUUGAGCUUUCUGAGCAGGAGAUGAAAGAGCGUAAGCUCCGAGGGUCUACUCGGCUGAGGGCUUUCCUGGAGCCUCUGAAGAAGGGCAUCUUGCAGGAAUGGCUGCGAUCCGUGAAUUGGUCUUCGCAAGGCUCCAAGCAGGACUUGGUGGAAAGAGUGAUAUUCAUUCGUGAGGCAAUGGUCAGUUGA